AUGCGCUCGAAAAUAUUUGAUGAUGCCGAACUCGAACGACUACGACGUGAGGCUAUUCCGUCGUCGAAUGAAUCGGCUAUGGCUGGAGAUGCAGCUCCACAUUCGACAGACCAGCAUCCACACGUGGAAGCCGUCAUGGAUCUUCCUGUUGUGGUUGAUUCGAACGACGAUGAAAUAGUCUCCCACGAACUAGAGGAAAUGAGGAGUAUAUUGGAAGAGGCGAUUUUGGAAACGCGCAGCACCCCUCUCGAAAAUCGACCGCGACUUCCCCGCAUACCUUUAAGCAAGCGAAAUCGGGCUGUCGUGAGGGCUCUUAACCCAAUGCUGGUGACCUAUUUGGAAGCCAGCCGGGACCUUUACGAGACGGACUCGAUUCUCUUUGGCGCCGCAGUGGCAGUUUGCCGUAUUAUUGGCGCCAAACUUCCCAUGGCUGGACGCGCUGCUACACAAAGUAACGCCAUCCCAGCCUGGAGGAAAAGAAUCGAGGACCGUAUCGCAAAGGCAAGGGCCCUUAUCGGCAGACUGACAAGCUUCAGGUCGGGUAAUAAUAGACGGAGGAUUAUGCGCACCGUAAUGAUGGCGUUUGCUGGGACAAAUAUCAGUUUGUCCCAGCCGGAUAUCACGCAGAAACUAACGGAGCGCAUAGACGACCUGAAGCAAAAGAUCGAUGCUUGGGGGAAGCGCAUUCGACGAUUUUCCGAGGGGUCAAGGCAGUUCAACCAGAAUCGUCUCUUCCAGAGUGAUCAGAAGAGGCUCUAUAAAUUAUUGGAGCGACCAAAGUUAUGUGGAGCGGGUCAAGGACCGGAUCAGGCUGACAUUAUCGCAUUCUGGCGUGGCCUGUGUUCAGAGCCCGUAAACCACAGUGGGGGCCCUUGGAUGGAAGUUGUGGCGAGCCAGGGUGUGAGUGUUACGCCUAUGGACCCCGUCACCAUAACGCCAGAAGACGUGGCUGAGGCGGUCCGUAGCGCCCCGAACUGGAAAAGUCCGGGGCUUGACGGGCUGCAUCAUUACUGGCUGAAGGGCUGCGUAGUGUGUCACGCUGUGCUCGCCGGACAGUUUCAAGAUGCUCUCGACCAGAAAUUACUCCCGUGCUUCUUCAAAACUAGGAUCACUCAUUUGGUUGCUAAAGAUCAGGAUACCACAGACCCGAGCAAAUACCGCCCCAUCACGUAUGCCGCCGUGAAUACGCCAUUUGUGGUUGAUUCCAACGAUGACGGAACAGUCGCCCAGGAACUGGAACUAGAGCAAAUGAGGAGUACAUUGGAGAAGGCGAUUGUGGAAACGCGCAGUACGCCUCUCGAAAAUCGACCGCGAGUUCCCCGCUUAGCCCUAAGCAAGCGGAAUCGGGCUGUCGUGAGGGCUCUGAACCCAAUGCUGGUUACCUACUUGGAAGCCAGCCGGGACCUUUGCGAGAUGGACUCAAUUCUUUUUGGCGCCGCACUGGCAGUCUGCCGUAUUAUAGGCGCCAAACUUUCCACGGCUGGACGCGCUACUGGACAAAGUAGUGCUAUCCCAGCCUGGAGAAUAAGAAUUGAAGAACGUAUCGCAAGGGCUAGGGCCCUUGCGAUACGUUCGGCAGGGCAGACUCAUAUGCUUCAGGUCAGGCAAUACCAGGCCAAGGAUUGUGCGCACCGUCAGGAUGGCAAAGAAUCGCUGCUUGGGGAAAGCGGAUUCGGCGAUAUACCGAGAGGUCGACACGGUUUAACCAGAAUCGUCUCUUCCAGAGUGAUCAGAAGAGGCUGUACAAAUCAUUGGAGCGACCAAUAG